AUGGACACCGCUAUAGAUCUCUCCGAUGCCUCAAAGGCUCUUGACCUAAGCAACAUCCGCUUCCAACUCAUCCGCCUAGAAGACACCAUAACCUUCCACCUAAUCGAACGCGUACAAUUUCCCCUCAACCCAACCAUCUACUCCGCCGGCGCCCUCGCAAUCCCCCACAGCAGCCUCAGCUUCCUCGACUGGACGUUACGGGAGCGCGAAAAACUCGACUCGCGAAUCCGCCGUUUCCAGUCGCCAGACGAAUACCCCUUCUUCCCCGACGCACUGCAGACGCCCAUCCUGCAACCGCUGCACUACCCGCAGAUCCUGCACGGCAACGACGUCAACGUGAACGCGAAGAUCAAGGAGUUCUACAUUGGGCAUUUCCUGCCGGGCGCUUGCGCGGAUUUCGGGCGCCAGGAUCGCGGGGAGACGGAGGAGAAUUACGGCAGUGCGGCCACGGCCGAUAUCAAUUGCUUGCAGUCGCUGUCGCGGCGCAUUCAUUUCGGGAAGUUUGUGGCCGAAAGCAAGUUUCAGACUGAGACGGAGAGGUUCACGGCGUUGAUUCGGGAGGAGGAUCGGGAGGGCAUUGGGGCGGCGAUUACGAAUGAGGCGGUGGAGAAGAAGGUGUUGGAGCGCUUGAGGUUGAAGGCUAGGACGUAUGGUACGGAUCCUAGUAGUGGUGCGGAAGGGGGUGGGAAGAUUAAUGUCGAGGCUGUGGUGGCGAUGUAUAAGGACUUUGUUAUCCCUCUUACCAAGGAGGUCGAGGUUGAGUAUCUGAUGCAGAGGUUGGAGUAG